AUGUUGUCGAGACAGUUGUGUGGGCCCCAAAAUCUAUGUGUUCGCUUUCUUCAAGCUGAGAGGUCGUUUGCUACAAAGCAAGGCACAGCAGCUGCUGUAGAUGCCACGCCUUUGGACCAAGCCAAGCCCUUCUCGGAGCUACCCGGUCCCAAUAAAUUCAACUUGAUUUGUUCUUUUUUGCCAGGCGGUCGCUAUAGGAAUGUUCCGGUGCAUGAUAUGUUUUUGGAUAUGAAGAAACGCUAUGGAGACAUUUUUCGCAUGCCAGGUCUUGCUGGAUCUGAUCUUGUCGUUACAAUGAACCCUGUUGAUUAUGAGACGGUCUUCCGCAACGAAGGACAGUUUCCCUAUCGGCUUGGUUUCGAAACAUUUGAGUAUUUCAAGAAGGUUCACAGACCCGAUUUAUUUGAGGGUGUCGAUGGUCUUACUUCAGGCAACGGACCUGCUUGGGGCAAGAUGAGAACAGCUGUAAAUCCGAUUCUGUUGCAGCCGCGCAAUGCCAAGUUAUAUAUAAACAAUCUGCUGAGGGUCAAUGAUGAGUUUCUGGCGCGCAUACGAGCGAUUAAAAAUCCAGAAACUCAAGAGAUGCCUGCUGACUUUGGCGAAGAUAUUCGCCGUUUAAUCCUAGAGUCCAUUGCUUCCGUGGCGCUUAACACGCGCCUCGGAUUGUUGAGUGAGAACCGGGAGAGUGAGGAGGCGAAACAAUUGAUCAAUGCAUUGGAAAACAUUGUUGAUCUGAGCUUUCAGCUUAACUUGAUGCCACCGAUUUGGAAGUAUCUACCAAUGCCCAAGUUUAAGAAGCUCAUAGGUUCCCUCGAUACUAUCGCAGAUAUUUGUUAUAGCCAUAUACAAGAGGCGCUGCAGCGCAUCGAAGAGGAUGCCAGGGCUGGACGUUUUAGCACUGAGCCAGGUCAAGAAACAAGUAUAUUGGAGAAGCUGGCACGUUUUGAUCGCAAGACAGCGGUGAUUAUUGCCAUGGAUCUGUUCUUUGCCGGCGUGGAUCCAACCCUUGUCAGUCUGACCGGCAUUCUCCUUUGCCUGGCCAAAAAUCCUGCACAACAGGCCCGUUUACUGGACGAGAUAAAGGGUGUGCUGCCCGAUAAAAACUCAUCAUUGACCAUGGACAAUAUGUCACAUUUGCCCUAUCUGCGUGCCUGCAUCAAGGAGGGCAUCCGUAUGUAUCCUAUUGGCCCCGGUACUUUGCGCCGCAUGCCCUGCGAUGUGGUCUUGAGUGGCUAUCGUGUGGUAGCCGGUACGGAUGUAGCCAAUGCUGCCAACUACCAGGUGGCCAACAUGGAGCAGUUUGUGCCGCGAGUGCGCGAUUUCCUACCCGAGCGCUGGCUACGUGAUGAGGCCCACUCGAACCUUGUGGGUGAUACGGCCACACCCUUCAUGUAUCUACCCUUUGGUUUUGGACCGCGCGCCUGCGCUGGCAAGCGCAUUGUCGACAUGAUUCUGGAGAUUGCCGUUGCCAGGCUGGUGCGGAAUUUCGAAGUCGGCUUCGAUUAUCCGAUUGAGAACGCAUUCAAGACAGAGUUCUUUGUGAAACCAAACAUACCCUUCAAGUUCAAGUUUGUGGAGCGUUCUGUGUAAUUUCUAUAAGUAUAUAAGUCCAUGGUAAUGAAACCUUCGAGAUAUAGCGGAGGAACGCAGCUCCUUCAAAACGAGUAAACGACUUUCGAGGGUUCUGGGCGGCCGCAUGUGUUCUUGCUCAAGUAUCCUCUUCAGCUAAGCAUUACAGCAACAACAGCAGCUACUUGACUCAAUUGAGAUUGGUCGCUGUCCCACAGCAUACCCACAGCUACUGUGGGUGUGUGAAGUGCACUUGUCUGUGCCCGCAAAGGAACAAAUACUUGACUGCUUCGAAUGUGUCUAUGACGUAGCGAAUCAUGGGCUCUGCUGCUUGAGUAGCAUCUGUAAUAACCAGCUAAACUGUAGUUAAGAAUCAAAUGCCUCAUAGAAGUGCGACCCUCUCCAUUCUUUAGCGAGUAGGAUCUAUGUGUUCAGGCACAUUGUCAUAAUAAAGUUAUAUCUUUGAGAACACUCAAAUUGAGAUUGAAUGAGGCAACUAUUAAGCUGGGAUUCAUCUAUCCUGUUUAAAAAUGCACACUAUCAGAAUGUAUUUUCUACCAGUUAAUGUUGUAAAUAAGUAUUACUAAGUAGAACGUUCAUAUUCAGGGAUGACUCAACCAAAUUCCAACUCAAUUCCAGUUCCAGACAUUUGAUCAAAAAGUGUCAAGAGG